GAAGUGUUUUUUGACCUUGGAUGCAUGGAAACCUAUUGUAUGAGACCUUUAAAAAAUUAGGCACGUUUCAAAAAAAUAAUAGGUGCGCUUGGACUGAAACGCAAUAAUAGUAGCACUUCCGGUAGCAGCGUGACGUAGUCAGGACAGAGAGGAGAUAGCGGAUCCAAUCUGGCAACCCUGAGCCUGCUGGAGAUAACAAGAGCACCAACCGGGAAAAGGGGACAACAUCCAGUUUUUAAAGUCACCAAACUCGCCUAUUUCAUCCAGCACGUAUCGGAUUAACCGCUGAAAACUCCACCCGAAGCGAAUUUAUUUAGAGGAACAGGUUGUUUGGUCUUCAGCCGGGAGUUGUUUUGUACAGUUUUUAGUCAUCCUUUGGGCUGGGGGACGUUUCCUUUUGGAUCACUACAGCGAGCUGCUUUUCUUCCAGUGAUGUGGCUCAAGAGCUCCUGACAAAACUCCCGGAUUAGACCGAAAUAUUUCCACCGUUCACAUUUUUCCCACAGGUUUUCUUUGGGGAAUUUUUUUGUGCGUGUGCCUUACUAUAAUUCCCGUUUUUCUACAUCACCGAGUGCAAGAGAAACAUUUUUUAAAAAAGGCCCAAACCGGCGUUUGGUCUGUCUAUAACGUCAGUGAGUGAGCGAGCGAGCUGGCUAAGCUUGGAGCUAACACGGUGCUAAUUUAGGUUAAAAAAGAAACAAAACAAACAGCAACAAACAAACAAAGCGAUAUUUAUAUGAGCGACAAUGUUUUUCAGCGGAAAGAUAAUAUAAACCGCGUGUUUAUUUUAUUGAGUUAUUUGAGUUGUUGAUGAAGUUUUGAGCUAGGGAGUUAUGCAUUCUUCUGAAAGCUGGUAGUAACGGUAGCUAACCCGUUUAGCGUUUGGAGAAUAAUGUCACUCUGGACUGAUUGAGGCCGUUUUACUCUAUAAAUAUAUAUUUAUAUAUAUACAUAUAUAUAUAUAUAUAUAUUAUUGUUGUUUUUUUUGGUUACUUUUCUAAAAUCCGUUCGAUGGAUUCGGUGCGUUUUUGGAUGGAUUGGAGGAGGACAAACUGAAACUGCAUUAGAAACUCAAACUGCUGAUUUUAGAUCUGAAUUCAUCUAACAAACCCUGGCUGAGAAUCCCACAUCAGUGCUGCAAAGAUGAUGUGCGAGGUGAUGCCCACCAUCAGCGAGGCAGAGGUGGGGAGUAAUGGAGGGGGGCGGGGCUCUGGGUCUCCUCUUCAGUCGGAUUCAGAGGGACAUUUCGAGUCUCUGAUGGUGUCCAUGCUGGAGGAGAGGGACAGGCUCCUGGACACGCUGAGAGAGACGCAGGAGAAUCUGGGACUGACGCAGGGCAAACUGCACGAGGUCAGCCACGAACGAGACGCCCUGCAGAGGCAGCUGAACUCCGCCUUGCCUCAGGAGUUUGCAGCACUGACUAAGGAGGUGAAUAUGUGCAGGGAGCAGCUGCUAGAGAGAGAAGAAGAAAUAGCCGAGCUGAAGGCUGAGAGAAACAACACACGACUGCUGCUGGAGCAUUUAGAGUGUUUGGUGUCUCGUCACGAGCGUUCCCUCAGGAUGACGGUGGUGAAGCGUCAGGCUCAGAGUCCUGCUGGAGUCUCCAGUGAAGUGGAAGUUCUCAAAGCUCUAAAAUCCCUGUUUGAGCAUCAUAAAGCCCUGGACGAGAAGGUGAGGGAGAGAUUGCGUGUUGCUCUGGAAAGGUGCAGCGCCUUGGAGGAGCAAUUAACAGCUUCUCAUAAAGAGAAUUCCAUACUACGAGAGCAGAACAAUCAGAAGAAAUUGCUCAUCGAUGGCACAGCAGAAAUCAACCACAACUCUGAAAGCAUGCCCAGCACCAAUGGCAAGAGGUCAUCCGAUGGCUCUUCGGGUCCCGAUGAGGACGUGGGGAAGGUGUCGGAGCUGCAGGAGGUGAUGGACAGGCAGAGCAAAGAGCUGCUUCAGAUGAAGGAGCGUGUCGUUUCCUUCAGCAGCAGAGUGAGCGAGCUGGAGGAGGAUCUGGACACGGCCCGCAAAGACCUCAUCAAGUCAGAGGACAUGAACACCCGCCUCCAAAGGGACAUACGCGAGUCUCUCGCUCAGAAGGAUGACAUGGAGGAGAGGAUAACGACACUAGAGAAACGCUACCUGGCAGCUCAGAGAGAAGCAACGUCUGUUCACGACCUGAACGACAAACUCGAGAGCGAACUCGCCAACAAGGAGUCUCUCUUCCGCCAGACGGAGGAGAAGAACAGGCAGCUGCAGGAGCGGCUUGAACUCGCCGAGCAGAAACUCCAGCAGACCAUCCGCAAAGCCGAGACACUCCCUGAGGUGGAGGCGGAGCUUGCUCAAAGAGUCGCCGCCCUCAGCAAGGCCGAGGAGCGGCACGGCAACGUGGAGGAGCGCCUGCGGCAGAUGGAGGCUCAGCUGGAGGAGAAAAACCAGGAACUGCUCAGGGCUCGUCAGCGCGAGAAGAUGAACGAAGAGCACAACAAGCGUUUGUCGGAGACGGUGGAUAAACUUCUCUCUGAGUCCAACGAGAGGCUUCAGCUGCAUUUAAAGGAGAGAAUGGCCGCGUUGGAGGACAAGAACGCCCUCAUCCGUGAGUUGGAGCACACGAAGAAACUGAUUGAAGAGUCUCAUCAUGAAAAGGAGCAGCUCCUGAUCCAGAUUGAGACAAUACGAUCAGAGAAUGAUCAAGAUCGCAGCCGGAGCAACUCCUUGCUCCACCAGGGGCACUCUCACAUGGGCAGCACACCAGACUUCAGGUACCCGGUCUCUGCAUCCUCCAUGAUUGACAGCCAUUCUGACCAGUACAGCAGCUCACUGGUGCUGAGACGGCCCCAGAAGGGGCGGGCUGCUGCUCUACGAGACGAGCCCUCCAAGGUGCAGACUCUGAACGAGCAGGAAUGGGAGCGCGUGCAGCAGGCCAACGUCUUGGCCAAAGUGGCGUAUGCGUUCGAGAGUGACAUGGACGUGUCUGAUUUGGAGGAUGACCAAGAGACGAUUUUCAGCUCAGUAGACCUGCUGUCCCCUGCUGGACAGACAGAUGCACAAACGCUCGCUCUAAUGCUGCAGGAGCAACUCGAUGCCAUCAACAAUGAGAUUAGAAUGAUUCAGGAGGAGAAGGAGAACACGGCGCUGCGAGCUGAAGAGAUCGAGUCGAGAGUCGGGAGCGGCGAAAGUCUUGGCUCCCGGUUCCGCUCCAUGAGCUCGAUCCCGCCUUCUUCAUACGGUUCCCCCCACCCCAGCUCAGGACAUUCUGGCUCCUCCCCUCCAGGUUCAGGUCACUCCACCCCUCGGAGAGUUCCGAACAGAGAGAUCGACCGCAUGGGGGUCAUGACCCUGCCUGCGCAGGAUGACAAAGCAUCAAUCAGAUGCGAGACUUCUCCUCCGUCUACUCCUCGGUCAGCGAGGCUCAACAAAGGAGGGCAUGCUGCCAGUCACGAGGACAUCCGAGACAUCCGAAGUAUUUCUGCAAUGCAGGACGGUCAGGGCAGUAACCCCAGCAGCAGUAACAGCAGUCAGGACUCCCUCAAUAAAACCGCAAAGAAGAAAAGCAUCAAGUCUUCCAUUGGCCGCUUCUUUGGCAAAAAGGAGAAAGGAAGGCCGAGUCUUCCAGGAAAAGACUCUUCCAGCCCAGGAGGUACUUCAGAGGGAGAAGCUUCCCAGGAUUCAGUGGGGCUGAGCAAACUCGGAGGCCCUGGUGAAAAGAACAGGAAGCUGCAGAAGAAGCAUGAAUUGCUGGAAGACGCUCGUAGGCAGGGACUUCCUUUCGCCCAGUGGGACGGACCUACUGUAGUCGUCUGGCUGGAGCUGUGGGUGGGAAUGCCAGCGUGGUACGUGGCAGCCUGCCGUGCCAACGUGAAGAGCGGAGCCAUCAUGUCUGCUCUAUCGGACACCGAGAUCCAAAGAGAAAUCGGCAUCAGUAACCCGCUGCAUCGCCUCAAACUGCGGCUCGCCAUCCAGGAAAUCAUGUCGUUAACCAGCCCUUCGGCUCCGCCCACUUCCAGAACGUCCACGGGGAAUGUGUGGGUUACGCAUGAGGAGAUGGAGAGCCUGGCAGCUACACCACCCACGGAGGAUGACGAGGGCAGCUGGGCCCAGACUCUCGCUUACGGAGACAUGAACCACGAGUGGAUCGGGAACGAGUGGUUGCCCAGCCUGGGUUUGCCUCAGUACCGCAGUUACUUUAUGGAGUCUCUAGUGGACGCACGUAUGCUGGACCAUCUGACCAAGAAGGACCUGCGUGGCCAGCUAAAGAUGGUGGACAGCUUCCACAGAAACAGUUUCCAGUGUGGCGUGAUGUGUUUGCGGAGGCUAAAUUAUGACCGGAAAGAGCUCGAGAAAAGACGAGAGGAAUCCCAGAUUGAGGCUAAAGAUGUUCUGGUGUGGAGUAACGAGCGCUUGAUUAAAUGGGUGCAGUUUAUUGGCUUGAAGGAGUAUGCACACAACCUGCUGGAGAGUGGUGUGCAUGGAGCGCUAGUGGCCCUCGAUGAAACAUUUGAUCACAACACACUCGCCCUGCUGCUGCAAAUCCCCACUCAGAACACACAGGCGAGAUCAGUUCUGGAGCGAGAGUACAAUAACCUGCUUGCUAUGGGAACGGAGCGGAAACUAGAGGAGGACGAUGACAAGAAUUUCCGGCGAGCUCCAUCCUGGAGGAAGAAGUUUCGUCCCAAAGAUGUCCGUGGCUACAGCGCCGAUACGCUGCCCGCUAAUUUCAGAGUGACCAACAGCACAUCCACUUCACCUGCCAUUCAGCCAAAGAAACAUCAGCUGGACGGGAGUGCGAGUGGCGUUCAGAGGCUCGACUCCGCUACAAUCCGAACGUAUUCCUGCUAACCCAAAGCCAGGUUUAUGCUCAUUAUCUCUAUAGGUGAAGUCUCUGAAGACGAGGCGUCCCCUUCAGGCUGGGAGUGUAAUGCACAAGGACUCUGAGGUUUUGGAGGGUUUAUCCUGACGUCUCUGCCGUAGAGGACAUUAUUUUAGAUUUAUGGAUUAUUCUAUUUAUGGGACAUUUUCCUUCAUUUAGUUAUGUUUAUGCAUCCUUUGCCUUUCUCUUCCUCCUCUUUUCAUAUCAUGUUUAACUCUUUCAGGUGUAACUGAAUGUAUUACAGAUCUGAAGUUUGUACAUUUCUAUCUAAUUCUAACCCGUUUUUUUCUUUUCUUUUUUAAAUUUUUUUUUUUAAAUAAUCCUCAUCUCCUUAAUUGUCCAUAUCUUUGGUUUGUGAUGACGAAACCUGGGCUGAUUCUGAUUUUGUGACUGACGUGAUUUUAUCUCACCCCCUUCUUCUGUUCUUAAAAUCCAUUUGGCUGUUGAUUUUAUGAUGUAUUAUGUGAAUAUCAGAAUUGGUGCAUAUCUUAGAGCAUUUGUUCCACAAACUGUAAGAAACAUUAUUAUUAUUAUUGUUAUUAUUAUUAUAUUUCUCCCCCUCUGUCUCUUUCCUCUUUCUCUUGUAUGAUACCAAAACAUGUGAUAAGCCAUAAACGGUAGCAACGACGAGGGCUACUUUCGGAUGCAUCUUUCAUCAGUCGCCUUUUCCAUAUGUUGAAUCUUUCCAUUCCUUUUCUCCUGCACAUGAGACACGCAUGAAGGACGUGUGCUUAGGUGUGUGUGUGUGUGUGUGUGUGUGUGUGUGUGUGUGUGUGUGUGUGUGUGUGUAAAAGUGUGUGCGCGCGCUUCUUCACCGCUGGACCAACCUCACUGUGGCCUAAGCUCCAAUUGCAGUGUCCGAAAAUGGCGUGAUUUGAUCCUCCGGCUAAACUCCACAUCUGAUUAAGCCUUACUUCCUCCCUGUGUUUUAAUUUUUUUUUUUUA